UCUCAGCUUCUCUUUGCUUCUACACUGACUCACUAUGCUUGGUGAACACGGGGAUGGAACAGGGGAUUUAUUUUUUCUUGAUCGUCGAGCUUUAUUUUUGUGAUGAUAUUUUUAAAAUUUUGAGAUGCAAUCCCCUUUUAACAAUUGAUGAUUGGACCAAAGUUCAAGGUAUUGCAGAGAGUUGUUUUGGCCAAAAAUGGCGUCUGGGUAGAUGAUGAAGAUGGAGCCAUCGAAAUUUAAGUUGUUUUAAAAGUAGUCGAUAUUAAUUUAUUUUUGCAUUAAUAAAUAAUCAAAGUUUAAAUAUUUUUAAAACGCUUACUAAAGCUUAAUUAGCGGUAAAAAAAAGUGGUUAUUUACCCCCUAUGUCGUGCAUGCUCGGUCUCUAUUAGAGCCGAUUCCGAUUUUGAAUAGACCCAAUAACUCGGGUUGGUCCAAGCCAAACCUACUACUAUAGUUUUGAGGGUUGAGCCUAGGAAUUGGACAGAUGGUUUCCUUGACAAACCCCGAUCCAUAUGCCGAUUAUCACUAUGACAUAUCCCAAAAAGUUAAAUGUGGUGGGACCCACAAAAAAUAUACACUCCAAGUUCAGUUCAGCAGAUUCUUGACUUCACCUUACCUUAGAUUUUCUGCUAUUAUUAUUAUCUGUCCAAGUUUACAGUUCAUCAUCAUCCCCUUAAUCAUUCCUUGAAGUACGAGAAAUAAUAUAUACUUUCUAUAUUAGAAGUACUCUUUUCCCCAUCGUCACGUUCACGGCUCCCACGAGCAUCACUCCCAAAAGUCCACUGUUUCAAUACCAUGUAAAACCACCAAAGAAUCAAAAUCCAAAAAAAAAAAAAAAAAAUUAAAAAUUCAACCCCUCAACCCCCUUUGUGAACCCAAGUUCAGUUCUUGAUUUUUUUAUAUCAAAAAGUCUAUAGAAACUCAACCCCAUAACACCCUUUGUAAAUCCAAGUUCAGUUCUUGAAUUUGCUUGGCCAACCAAAAAAGAAAAUGAAGGGGUUAAUCAGUAGCUUAUCUUUUUCAGAUCAUCCUCAUGUUUCACUUACAAAGACUCCAACUUUCCUCAAAAUUAUUGUUCUUUCUUUCCUUUCAAUCUUUCUUUUCUUCAUAAUCAGACGUUUUUCAUUUGAUAUCACCACUUUUACUACUACAACUCCUUCUUCUCAUGAAUUUCCUAUGUCUUUUACUUCAAGUCCUAACCAAACAACCACCUCUACCGUCGCCGGAAAACCCCCACCUCCACCGCUCAGGAGGCCGGAGAUGGCAGUGGAACGGACGGGGAUAAUUGAUGAGAAUGGUGCAAUGACUAAUGACUUUGUGGUGGGGGAGUUUGAUGAGGAGCUCAUUGACAGUGUGGUGAAUGGCAAGGUUAAUGGGACUGAUGAGGCAUUGGAGAGUGAUGGGAAUAGAGGUGGUUUGAGGGGUAAAAUUGGGAAAUUUAAAGUUUGUGAUGAGAGUAUGAGGGAUUAUAUUCCUUGUUUUGAUAAUGUGGAGGAACUUUCCAGAGUGAAUUUGUCAGAAAGAGGGGGAAAUUUGGAAAGGCAUUGUCCUUCAAAAGGAAAAGGAUUGGAUUGUUUGAUUCCAAGACCUAAAGAUUACAAACUAAGAAUACCAUGGCCAAAAAGCAGGGAUGAGAUCUGGCUUUCCAAUGUGCCCCAUACACCCUUUAAAGAGAAAGCAGGCAAUAAGUGGGUAAAAAAGAAGGGAGACAAGUGCAUAUUUCCAGGAGAUGGGACACAAUAUGUCCUCGGUGCAAAUCAGUAUUUGGAUCAGAUUUCCAAGAUGGUCCCAGAAAUUGCUUUCGGCCAACGAACAAGAAUUGCCAUGGAUAUCGGUGGUGGUGUAGCGAGUUUUGGUGCAUAUCUGAUGGACCGCAAUGUCAGCACACUGUCCAUUGCAACAAAAGAUAUGCAUAAUAAUCAGAUUCAAUUUGCAUUAGAACGCGGAGUGCCUGCUAUGUUAACAGCAUUUGCUAAACACCGUCUAUUGUACCCUAGCCAAGCAUUUGACUUGAUACAUUGUUCCAGAUGUAGCAUUUAUUGGACCCGUGAUGAUGGAAUUCUGCUCCUAGAGGUAAACAGGAUGCUUAGGGCAGGAGGGUACUUUAUUUGGAAAGCAGAACCUGUUUACAGACAUGAAGAAAACUUGUUUGCACCGUUGAAAGAAAUGGAGGAUCUAACUCGACGCUUAUGCUGGGAACUACUAAAGAAUGAGGGUGACAUUUCCAUUUGGAGGAAGCCACUGAAUAACAGCUGCUAUCUUAGUCGUCCUCCAGCAGUUCAACCUUCUCUAUGUGGUGUUGGUGACGAUCCAGAUAACGUCUGGAACGUAAACCUAAAGACAUGCAUCAUGCAGUUACCUGAGAACGGCUAUGGAUCUAAUGUGACUACUUGGCCUGCACGCCUUCACUCUCCACCGGACAGGCUGUUUAGUAUAAAAAUGGACGCUGAACUAUCUAGGAGGGAAAUUUAUAAAGCAGAGUCAAAAUUUUGGCAUGAAAUCAUAAGUGGAUAUGUUGGUGCUUUCCAUUGGAAAGAAUUAAACCUACGAAACGUGAUGGACAUGAGAGCUUUAUAUGGGGGGUUUGCAGCUGCGUUGCAUGAUUUGAACAUCGAUUGCUGGGUUAUGAAUGUUGUUCCUGUUAGUGGUUCUAAUACAUUGCCAGUUCUAUAUGACCGGGGUCUCAUUGGAGUCAUGCAUGACUGGUGUGAGCCAUUUGAUACUUAUCCAAGAACAUAUGAUUUACUCCAUGCAGCUGCUCUUUUCUCAGUAGAAAGAAAUAGAUGUAAUGUGACGACUAUCAUGCUAGAAAUGGACAGAAUUCUUCGACCAGGGGGACGAGUUUAUAUUCGUGACACCACACCUGUUAUCGAAGAGCUCGAAGAAAUUGCACAUGCCUUAGGAUGGGUGCCAUUUAAGUUUGAUGGCAGCGAGGGUCCUCAUUCUAACUGGAAGCUUUUGAUCGGUGAAAAGCGUCUAUGAUAUGAUUUCAUUCCCUGGCGCCCCCAGAAUUUGGGGGCAAUGGGGAAUGAAUUUUUUUUACUUUUUUUUUUUAUAAUUAAUUUUACAGUAGGGCAAAAGAUGGUGUAAUACAAAAUUGAAAAAGUGUCAUAUAGAUUAUACUCGAUAAACUAAUUCAAAAUUUGUAACGCUAUAAGAUUUUAUGGGAACAGACUGAAUUAAAUCAUUGACACCCCUAGUUUUAUCUGUCUC